AUGGACAAACAAAAAUGGCGUAAGCGCCUAUGCGCUCGGUACAAGAAUUGCAAAAACUUUUGGAAACAUCAGCUUCCGUCUACAAGUUCUCCAUCCGAUGACACUCGAACUCGCUUCGGUUUCACGCGAAUCUUGACGCCACCCCAUAAGGAUGAAGAUUACCAGAGGGAGGUCAACAUCGCCAUCAGAGAUGGAGAUGGCUCGCCUUGGUCAGGGUUUCAUCUUGGAGUUGCCUUGGUCGAUACUCAGUCCGAAUACAACUUGGUCAGUGCACAGUUUCUCAGGGUCAUCGGUGUACAAUGGAAGCAGUCUCCAGACGACGCAAACAUACUUCAGAUGGAUGAAACAAGAAUCGUGUGUUUGGGCGAGAUCGAUGGAAGAUGGCGCGCUACGGAAGCCAAAAGGGGGGCUCUUAACUUCCGACCGCGCUUUGAGAUUUCUACUUUCAAGGUUGUCGAGCUGUCGACGUUUGAUAUCAUAAUCGGACGCCAGACCAUCAAUGAGUGCGGCAUACUGGUUGUGAACCGCCAUUACCUCGGUGCGUUCCGGACCGUUCCAGUCCGUGUCGACUCAGCUAGUACUCUCAUCAAGAAGCAGCAAGCGGUUGAGGAGAGAAGAAAGAAAGAACAAGAAGAGCUGAAGAAGUACGAAGAAGAACAGGAAAGCAUAUACUGA